UUUUUUUUAUUUCACUUUUAAAAAUUUUAUACGUGCCUGACGUUUUCUUGAGAAAAGAAGAAAAAGAGCAAUAUAUUUGUUUGCAUACGAUUAACGCUGAAAAGGAGACUGUUAGUUUAAUUUAUAAAAUGACACAGGAACUAGAAAUUUUGGAUGAAGAAUUUCGAUGUUACAUGCGUGUAGCGCGCUCUCUCGAAAGCACCCUAAAGCGACCUAAAGAUCGCGAAUUUUGUACGCAAUUGUUGAAAAACUGUGAGCGUCUUAAUAGUUCCGAUAAUGUCAUGAUUAAGAUGAAUACCAAUGUUUUCAUGAGAUAUCUUUUGAAGGUCAUUAAUUGGACAAGUGUGCAUCAACCGUUGCAGUUAUACGAUAAAUGGUACCAAGGCUCAAAAACUGAAGUUAAAAUGUGGCUGCAGGAUAACAAGUCGUAUAUGGCUGUUAAGGAAAUGCCCAACGGUUCCCUCGCUAUAUAUUGUGCAGUUUCAAAUUCACCUGAGGCCGGUUGGCAAGAUGGUGCAUUAAAAGUUAUGAGAGAUUCAAAAGGUCCCGAAGUAGAAGAAAUAUAAAUUUAUGUUGUACUAAUCGUUGUCUCUUUUAUUGUGUGCAUAUUUAUGUAUGUAUAUGUAUAAAAAUUUUGUACGUGGUAAAUACAUUUUUACAUUUCAAACUUAA